AACAACUGUCCCGUAUGUUAUGCUACUUCACGUAAUCUAGUCUGGUAACUACGUACGCAAAGCAGGAAGUAUGGGUCUGCUUUUCAUCUUUGUCUUGGCAGGACUUUGCGCAGGGACGUCGUUGGCGUGCUAUGACAACAACGACAAUUUUCAAAUCUGUACCGGGCAUUAUUAUUCGGGUGACAGCGUGAUAUACACGGGGGAAACUGAGUGCUGUGAGUGCAGCAGCGGUUGCUGCACACCUGACGAGAAUAGCCUCUGUGACACAGCUAAAAGCAUUCUAUCUAAACUUCCUACAUGGGCUUGGGUUUCCAUUGGAGUUGGCGGCGGUGUGUUUCUGCUAAUUCUUAUUAUUGGCUGUUGCUGUUGCUGUGGAUGCUGUUCGUCUGGCACACGGACUAUCACUUCAUAUUCUGAAGGCACGUCUGGAGGGAUGACUGUUGUAGCUUCGUCAAGUCAAGCGCAGAUGAACAGUCCAGUCGCUAAUGGCUCGUACGGCUACAAUAGAUUUGUUUGAAGUUGCUGGCGACUGAUUGUCUGGAUUUUUGGUGUUUGUAUUUGGACAUUCGGGUAUCUGCUUCAUAGUCUAGACCGUACGUCUGCUGGUAGUUGUUUGAAUUGAAAUGGGAACACGGUAGCUUGUUGUUGCAUCCUAGAUUAUAGUUUGUUGUUGUUACUAAGCAUGACUGUGAUUUGGAAAAUUUUUUGUUCACAUCCGG